ACAGCACGCGAUCUCACCAUACACAAGUCUUGGAGACGAAACCUCGAGGAUCACACUCUCAUUCAUCUCAUUCAGAUAACAUAUAGGUUCACCAUUCAAAAUGGCGACGAUACACACCUCCGUGCCAGAAGGCCUCAUCCCCUUCCUCGAAUCUCACCUCCCAAAUUCCCUCGUCCUCCUCCGCCGCCUCCAAUUCACCCGCUUCAAAGAUGGCAAGCGCCCGACGGCCCGCAUCAUCCUAGCAUCAGACUCACCACUCUUACCCUCGAAACAAGAUGCCGACACAUCAGACCAACAGCCACGCAACUUCUGCGCAGCAUACCUCGACUUUGGCAGCACCAAAGAAACCCAACUUUUCAUGUACUCAACCUUUGAAGACAGCCCCAACAAACCUCUCACGAACGAAGACGAGAAAACAGCCGAGUCCCAAAUCACGGCAAUUCUCGACGCCGUCACACAAGUAAGCAAAGAACAGCCAGACAACAGAACCCUACCCGGCGCAGUCCUCGUCGGGACUCUGGCCACAGCCACCCGGGACACCAUGCUCCGGGCCGGCGUACGCGUGACGCCCCGUCAGGACUAUGAGUAUGAGAAAUGGCUGUUCCGCGUCGAUGAUAUUCCUGAUUUUGAGGACGGGGUGACGUUGCCCGAGGGAGCUACGUGGGGCCCUGCUACGGAGCGAGAUUGUGAGAUCGUAGUCUCGAGGACGGAUAUUCCGCGUCAAGUAAGGACACUAUUGUCUUGGCCGAGUUUGAUUCUCAAGCUGGAGGAUGGAACGCCUAUCGCGUGGUCAUUCCUCGGUACUGAUGCUUCUCUGUCAAGUCUCCACUGCGAGCCACCAUACCGACAGCGAGGCUACGCAAAGGCCCUCGCAUCGAAGCUGAUGAAGCGGAGCUCCAGCGAGUACGGCGCCGACGGUUGGGCGUCCGCCGAUGUGGCACCGUAUAAUACGGGGAGCAAGAAGAUGUGCCAGAGUCUCGGUGGGAGGCAUACGUGGAACGUUUCGUGGAAUGUUAUUCACCUCCACGAUACAUAAAUCGAGAUUUGAAGGGGGCCGUUCUAGAAAUUUGCUACACAUCAGAUGUUUAUAUCGUCUCUUUACGUUGAUGUAGACCUAAAUUCACCUGUAUAUCCAGAUUAGAGCUGCAACAAUGCCCUAUGGUCGAUCUGUUUUACUCAGUAAAAGAGGUUGAUAUUCUUCUGCAGGUUCUCGGUAGAGAGCGUGCUGGGUAAUAAGAUAUUAUUUUUGUGCUUUCCCUUGAUAUGUCCUACUCCGAAAAAGUG